CGGGCGACCCCGGCCUGGCUGUGUCGCCAGCUGGGCCUGGGGCCUCCCCGUCUGGGCUUCCUGAGAUCCCGCCCAGGCCCCGGUGGCUCCCCUGGCUGCUCCCUGGGGUUGCCACGAGGGGCGGGUGGCGCACUGACCUGCCUGUGAGUGGGAUCCUUGGGUCCUGCCCACCCUGAGUGGCCCACAGUGACCCCGGGCGGGCCAUGGGGACUGCACUUGUGUACCACGAGGACAUGACAGCCGCCCGGCUGCUCUGGGACGACCCUGAGUGUGAGAUCGAAUGUCCUGAGCGCCUGACCACUGCCUUGGAGCGCCUGCAGCAGCAAGGUCUGGAGCAAAGGUGUCUGCGGCUGGCAGCCCGCGAGGCCUCGGAGGCGGAGCUGGGCCUGGUGCACAGCCCCGAGUAUGUGGCGCUGUUGCGGGGGACCCAGGCCUUGGGCACCGGGGAGCUCCAGGCCCUGUCCAAGCAGUACGAUGCCGUCUACCUCCAUCCGAGUACCUUCCACUGUGCCCGGCUGGCCGCGGGGGCUGCGCUGCAGCUGGUGGACGCGGUGCUGACGGGAGCUGUGCGCAACGGGCUCGCCCUGGUGAGGCCUCCUGGACACCACAGCCAGAGGGCUACUGCCAACGGAUUCUGCAUGUUCAACAACGUGGCCAUAGCAGCCAAACACGCCCAGCAGCAGCACAGGUUGUGCAGGGUCCUCAUCGUUGACUGGGAUGUCCAUCAUGGUCAGGGCAUCCAGUAUAUCUUCGAGGAUGACCCCAGCGUCCUUUACUUCUCCUGGCACCGCUACGAGCAUGGACACUUCUGGCCGCAUCUGCGGGAGUCAGACGCCGAUGUUGUCGGACGGGGGCGGGGCCUUGGCUUCACUGUUAACCUGCCCUGGAACCAGGUCGGGAUGGGAAAUGCUGAUUAUGUGGCCGCCUUCCUGCACGUGCUGCUGCCCCUGGCCUUUGAGUUCGACCCUGAACUGGUCCUAGUCUCUGCAGGAUUCGACUCAGCCAUCGGCGAUCCAGAGGGGCAGAUGCUGGCCACGCCGGAGUGCUUCGCCCACCUCACACAGCUGCUGCAGGUGCUGGCUGGCGGCCGGGUCUGCGCCGUGCUGGAGGGUGGUUACCACCUGGAGUCCCUCUCCCAGUCCGUGUGCAUGACGGUGCGAGCGCUGCUGGGCGACCCUGCCCUGCCCUUGUCAGGGCCCAUGGAGCCCCAUGGCAGCGCCCUGGAGUCCCUCCAGCGUGUGCGGGCAGCCCAGGCCCCUCACUGGGUGAGCCUCCAGCAGCAAGGUCAGCCUGACUUGGGUCGGCAGGUGGGAUGGCGCCUCAGGCUCCGGUCGGUGGCUGUUACUCUGAACCACCCUGUACCCCUAGGUGCCGCCCCUGUACUGAGCCCCGGCACCCCCUGCCCAGAGGGGAGGCCCUCACCGCUGCCACCGGGGGAGCCCAAAUUCAAGGCAGCAGUGACUCAGGCCGCUGAUGCUCUGAGCUUACUCCUGGACCAGCUGCACCUCCACCCCACACCCCCUGUCCGCGUGGCUGUUGCCCUGACUGUGCCAGACACUGGCCGGGCCCUGCCCCCGGGUGUCCUCUGUGAGGAGGGGUCACUGCCGCGGGAGGAGACGCAGGCCUGGGCCAGGCCACGUGAGGCCCUGGCCCAGGACGAGGCCCUCACUGCACUCGGGAAGGUCCUGUACCUCUUGGACAGGAUACUGGAUGGGCAGGUGAGCAGCGGCGUGGCAGCCACCCUAGCCUCUGCAGCAGCUGCCACCCUGGACGUGGCCGUUCGGUAUGGCCUGUCCCACGGAGCCCAGAGGCUGCUGUGUGUGGCCGUGGGACAGCUGGAUCGGCCCCCAGAUCUCACCGAUGAUGGGUAUGAUCUUGGGUCAUGUGUAGGUCCAGUUUCACAAGUAGGGCGGGAUGAACGCAUCACCCUGGAUUCCUGGGUGACAGGUGGGCGGGGCCUUCUGCAGCUGGAAUUCCAGAAGGGCCCCAUGGGAGCAAUGCCAGGAGGGUCUCCAGCAUGGAGGGUCAGCAGUCCUAGCAUCUCUGCCCCUGAGCUGUCCCUCAUCUGUCUGGGCUCUGGAGAGUGGGCGGCAUCUCACGCACAAGCACAUGUAUCCAUAUGCUUGCUCUCCCCUGGAAGGAGGAAUCUAUGGCUGAACAUUGGGGGCAAGGAGGCAACUGCCCCGUCCACGUUCCACGUCUCUGUGCCACUGCCAGUGACGACUGGUGGGUUCCUGAGCUUUGCCCUGGCCCUGGUGCUGCCCCUGGCCUACAGCUUCCAGCCUGACCUGGUGCUGGUGGCGCUGGGGCCGGCCCAUGGCCUGCGGGACCCCCAAGCUGCACUCCUGGCUGCACUACUUCGGGGACCGGCAGGCGGCCGAGUCUUGGCCCUUGUGGAUGAGGAAUCCACACCCCAGCUUGCGACAGUCCUGGCCAGCGUGCUGAAUGGGGAGGCACCCCCUAGCCUGGGCCCCUUCUCCAUGGCCACCCCAGAGGACGCGCAGGCCCUGAUGUACCUGAGACCACGGCUGGAGCCAAGGUGGAAGAUGCUGCAGGUGGCUGCGCCUCCUUGAGUGCUGUGACCUGGCAGCUUGAAGUCGGCCAGGGUGAGAGUAUCUACACCGUGGAAACGACACUACGCACCAGUCUCCCGGGAGCCUGUUGUUAACUGCGCCAGCACGUCUCUGCGCGAGGCUUCUGACCUAAGAGCCAGGCUGUAGGCCUGCCCAGGACGCGGGCUCAGGGGCUCUACCGCCGGGACCCCCGCUCCGGCGCCAGCCUCUACACGGACCGCCCCUCCCCGGCUCCCUUCUCCCAGCCGUCAGUAAAAGUAGGUUAAGCCAAA